UCAUAUUUUCCACCCUCACAAACACCAAUGACCAAUGUCAACAGCUCAGGGUCACCGUCGUCAUUUCCCUCCCCACUGAUGGUAGAAAACAGAAGUUGACAACGGAUCAGAACAAACGUGCCUGCUGGUCCAUUCUCAUUCCUCAACUGUGCUUGUUUGAGAGUGAGAGUGAGACACUGAAAGAAACUAACCGAAACUAACUCAUCGGAGCCACUGCCGUGUUUUCUGCCUUCGGUGCUUUUAUUUUUUAUUUUCUUUUAGAUCGUGCCUCCCUCAACUCAACUCAUCUUCGUUGCGGUUUUUCCUUUUUCAAUUUUCACUGUUUUAUCUCCUAUUAUUCUUCUUCUCUUCUUUUCUUUUCUUUUCUCGGAAUCUGAGAUUUAGCGCCACGUCAUCAUCCAAGCAUAUUUUGAAGACGACGUCGUUCCGAAAGAUCCAUCCACUCACUCGGUUAUCGCAACAUGUUUGUCUCGUGUUCUGUUUCUGAUUCGUGAUCAACGAAGCAAAGAGGAAGAGGGAAAAAAAGUAGAAGCAGCAGCUGAAGAAGCUUCAGGUUCGUAAGGGAAGAUCCAUUAUGGGGUUGCUCGGAGUUUUCUGAUGAGCUUGUGAAUUGGAGAGAAUAUUGAGGUAAGUGUGAGAAAAUGGGGGCUAUUGGUGGUGAGGAGCUGCUGAAAUGGGAGAAGAUGCAAGCGCUAAGUGGUCGCGAAGAGAAGAUUUUUGUGUUGAUAAGGCUAAGGCCUUUGAAUGAGAAGGAAACUGCUGCAAAUGAAACCGCAGACUGGGAAUGCAUUAAUGAUACUACCGUCUUGUACCGGAACACAUUACGGGAGGGUUCAACAUUUCCAAGUGCCUAUACAUUUGACAGAGUAUUUCGUGGUGACUGUGAUACAAGACAGGUGUAUGAGGAAGGAGCAAAAGAAAUCGCUCUUUCAGUUGUUAAUGGGAUUAACUCCAGUAUUUUUGCAUAUGGGCAAACAAGCAGUGGAAAGACAUAUACAAUGGUUGGAAUAACUGAAUAUGCUGUAGCAGAUAUUUUUGACUAUAUAAAAAGGCAUGAGGAAAGAGCAUUUGUGAUAAAGUUCUCAGCAAUUGAAAUUUACAAUGAAGUUGUUAGAGACCUCCUCAGUACAGACAAUACUCCACUUAGGCUGCGUGAUGAUCCUGAGAGAGGACCCAUUUUAGAGAAACUUACAGAGGAGAACUUACGGGACUGGGGGCAUUUGCAAGAGCUUCUAUCGUUUUGUGAAGCUCAGAGACAGGUAGGAGAGACAUACCUAAAUGAAAAGAGUUCAAGAUCUCAUCAAAUUAUCAGAUUGACAAUAGAAAGUUCUGCCAGGGAAUUCUUGGGCAAAGGUAACUCGGCCACCCUAGCUGCCAGCGUGAAUUUUGUUGAUUUGGCCGGAAGUGAGCGUGCAUCUCAGUUAUCAUCAGCUGGGGUGAGACUGAAAGAAGGUUGUCAUAUAAAUCGGAGUUUACUUACUCUUGGAACAGUCAUCCGCAAGCUGAGCAAGGGAAGAAAUGGACACAUUAAUUACAGAGAUUCAAAGUUGACACGCAUACUUCAGCCUUCCAUAGGUGGCAAUGCUAGAACAGCCAUUAUUUGUACAUUGAGCCCCGCACGAAGUCAUGUUGAGCAAACAAGAAACACGCUUCUUUUUGCUUGUUGUGCAAAAGAAGUGACCACCAAAGCGCAGGUUAAUGUGGUGAUGUCUGAUAAGGCCUUGGUUAAGCAAUUGCAAAAAGAGGUAGCUAGGUUGGAAAGUGAGUUAAGAACCCCUAAUCCCACUGCCUCCAAUUGUGAUUAUGUAUCAUUGUUGAGGAAGAAGGAUCUCCAGAUAGAAAAGUUGGAGAAGGAAGUUAAGGAGCUAGCUAAGCAACGUGAUCUUGCUCAAUCAAGGGUUGAGGAUUUGCUUCGCAUGAUUGAAGAGGAUCAGAAAUCUAAAAAGGAUGGGGAAGAUAACUGGGAUGAUGACCAUUCAGUAUCUGAAUCAUCAAGUAUUUGUGGUCCACACCGUCCAGAUAGGCGCAUGAGAGAGUUCGACAAUCCCCAUUUUGAUGAUGGUGAUGACACUGGAAGUAGUCAUGAAGAAUACCCUGAUGAAGUUUGCAAAGAAGUUCAAUGUAUUGAGCUGGAGGAGUCAAGUCGAGACAACUCAGAACAUCUUGAUCCAUCACUAAGUGACAAUGGAGAAUUAGCAUUAACAGUAUCUGGAGAGGAAAAUGAAACGAUGAAUGAAGAAAGAGAAGAGAGUCAAAUUCAAAACAACUCAUCAUAUAGUGUACUUGAUCAAUUUUCACAAGACAUAUCAGGAAGUAUGUCAAGUUCUAGAAGUCUUAAAUUAACUAGGAGCUGGAGUUGUAGGGAAUACCACAUGACUGGUUCUCCCGAGAGAGCAGGAGAAAUGGAUAGGACUCCCGCCAAUGGGUUUGAAAGAUUCCCUGGAAGACCGGAUAGUUGGAGAAGGAAGUUAGCUCCGCUAGAUUUUGGGGAUUCCACAAGAUUUGGAGAUGGUUCUCAGUCUUCUAUCGGAAGUCCAUCUGCAAAUGAGUUUGGAGAAGAAGUUACUAGCAUUCAAACUUUUGUUGCUGGGAUGAAGGAAAUGGUCAAACUUGAGUAUCAGAAGCAGCUUGUUGAUGGUCAGGGUGAAGAGACACAAGGAAAAUCAUCCGUGAAGAAUGUGAAAGAUGUAGGAGUUGAUCCAAUGUUAGAGGCACCUGGAACUCCUCUAAAUUGGUCUCUGCAGUUCACAAAGCAACAAAAGGAGAUAAUUGAACUGUGGAAAGCUUGCUGCGUACCAUUGACGCACAGGACCUACUUCUUUCUUUUGUUCAGGGGUGAUCCAAAAGACUCGAUUUACAUGGAGGUAGAGCUGAGAAGACUAACUUUCCUCAAAGAAACAUUUUUCAGUGCAAACGGGUCUCUGAAGGAUGCUCCAACAAUCACGCUUGCUGCAAGUGUGAAGGCUCUUCGUCGAGAGAGAGAGAUGCUGGUCAAGCUUAUGCAGAAAAGGCUUUCUGGAGAUGAGAGAACAAAGCUGUUCAAGGAAUGGGACAUUCCGUUGGAUUCAAAGCGCAGGAGGAUGCAGCUGGCGACCCGUUUAUGGAGUAACACUAGUGAUAUGAACCAUGUAAUGGAGAGUGCCACAGUAGUUGCAAAGUUGGUGAGGUUCUCAGAGCAGGGUAUGGCCCUUAAGGAGAUGUUUGGUCUAAGCUUCACACCCCAACACACAGUACGAAGAUCUUCAUGGAGAAGCAGCAGAGCAUCUCUUUAAGGUUUGUUUGUGGAUAACACACACGUGACACGUGUACAGCAUUGUAGACAUUAUAUCGAAUAGUUUCUGAUCACUGUUCACAGUUGACAUGCUUAGCAUUCUUUCUUCAAUGGAGAUGGAAAUGUACGAGUCCUGAGGUUUGGCUUUUGGGUGGUUCUGGUUAUGAUUUUGGUGUACCAUUUAACGGAUUGGUUUCUUUUUUCUAAUUUUAUCGAGCACAAUUGUUUGAUGAGUUGCUUGCUUCCUUGUAAAGAUGUUUUGGAUAAUAUUGUAGAGGCAGAGUAGAUUAGUGUAUUAUUGUUUUAAACGAGCU